AUGGAACGCAGAAUCUCGCCUGACAAUUUAAUUCUUCCGAGACCAACCUGUGAAGUCGCACAGAAAGGAAUUGUAAAUGGCUUAAUUUUCUCACAAUAUCGGCAGGCAGUAGCCAUGGAGGACCUAGAUGAAGCAUUUUAUGAAUCGGUUUCACAAGAAAUGAGAGAACAAGGAAUCGAGAGAUCUAAGGCCAUGGACUUAGUUCGAAUAAAGAGACUGAUAGAUGCCUGUGACUCAAAAGAAGAUACAGCACUUUAUUUGCUUGAGGAAUGGAAUUACGAACCACAGGUUUCAAGAUUCUUACGGCUACUCAGUGACCUUGGCGUAGACUUUGAAAGUGUGAAAGACUCCCUCCAAAAUACUCCUUUACACAUGGCAGCUAAGAAGAACUAUACCUUGGUAGGCGACUAUCUAAUGGACAGAUUCCCCAGUAUGCUCCUGACUGCUAACGCUCAAAAUGAACUUCCGAUCGAAAUAGCCAUAAGAAACUAUCAAGAUGACAUGGCAGCAUUCUUAAUUCGGAGAAUGGAUCAUAGAAGGGUUAAGGACUUGUUCAGUGGCAUAAAACAACAGGGAAAAGAUAUAGUGAGCUUUUUGAAAAUGACAAAAGAGUUUAAGAUGCAGAAAACGAUCGUGGCCGUGUUGGAUAGUCUCAUUUCUCCUCGUUGGCCACAUCCGCCGAGUCUGCCGUCCGAUAUUCUACCGUGUUUAUCCUGGGAACAACUACCAGAGACACCCACUCAUUAUUACGUGGCUUACGACAUUUUGGAAAGUGAUGACAAUGGAAAAUUCCCAGAUGACCCUAGUUAUGAGCAUCCACAUCAGUCUUGUCUGUAUAACUUAGCCAGCCAUUGGCACAAGAACCUUGACGAGAUAGCAGAGGGAAUCAUCAAUCAUGUUGUCAUACAGCUGUUGACUGAGAGAAAGUGGCGGAAAUACGCCUCAUUUUGGUGCAGGGUUCGUUCCUACCAUUACAUGUUCUUUGUUUGUGCACUUGGAGCCUCACUUGUGUAUUCGGUAAGCCUUGACGAGCCUCUUGAUUAUGGCUCCUCGUCCUUCAGAGCAGUUUUUGACGUCUUGAUACUGUUCACCACAUUCUUCUUUAUGCUGGAGGAAAUAAUUGAGCUCAAAAGAGAACCAUUCAUUUUUGUUAAAGAUCCAUGGAACUAUUUGAACGUUAGUGGAUGCGUUCUUAUAUUCUUGACUUUUGUGUACAGACUCCAGAAGAGAAAUUACCAAUGGACCUUUGCUUGCUUUGCGUUCUCAAUCAACAGCCUGGGUAUUUUUAAACAUACUAGCAGAGAUCGAUAUAUAGGUGAAUACGUCAAAUGCCUUUACAAAGUUAUCUACAGAGACAUGCCUAGAUUUCUGUAUGUGUUUGGUAUCAUCCUCUUCACUUUCACUGUGUCGUAUUACUUGGCGCUUCAAGCUCAUAAAGACUCAAUCUUAUUGAAUGGUGAACUGGUAAACAAUAGAACUAUUAGGGGUGACAUAUCGUGUACUGGUGAAAUAUGGUGCGUGAUGUUAGCAGGACUGUUUGCUUGGCUGGAAGGGACUUUCGUCGUCAACACUUUUGAAGAUGUUGGUAUUUUUGGAGGAUUUCUGAUCCUUGCUUUCAUGUUGAGUGUGACUAUCAUCUUGCUGAAUAUUCUGAUUGCUCAGCUGUCACUGACUUAUGAGACUGUUCAAGAGGAGUCACAGCAUUCGUUUACUGCGAUGAGAAUGCAGGCCGUGGCUAUUGUCGAGUGGGGAAGUAGGUUUAGAUUCUGGAAUGUCCGGAAGAAGUAUUAUGUGGCAGGUGAAAUUAAGCCGAGGGAGGAGAUUGAAGCUAUGCUGCAAAAGUGUAGAGAGAGGUCAGAAUCGAACAAGUCAAUAACCGAUCAUCUCAAGGAGAUCCGGGAAAGAUUCACGGCAAUGGAGACAAAUCUUCAAUCGUUGAGAUGUGAAUUAGAGUCUGUCAUUCAGGAAAGACAGGAUGAAGUAAACAAGCAGACGACUCAGGGAUUUGACAAAGCUGUGUGAAUUCUUUUAUUUUACACACCAU